UGCUUAGAUUCGUGCACGAGUCGACUGUCAAAAAUUUUCCUCUUCUGCCCUGGUUAUGUUUUUCUCUCCUCCAGAGCCGCAGAUCUUGACGUCGCGGCGCAGAUAUUGGGUUUGCGUAACAAGCAGGCAGUGCAAGAGAAGAAGAGGCCCGUCAAACAGCGCAAGCAGCAAGUGCAUAACAAAAUACGACCUCGUCGGACGGCGAUUGGAUUUUUUUCUCGGCGGGGGAGGUUCUUGCUGGGGACUCGGGUCGGGUGCGCGUUUUUUUGUUAGUGACGGUGUGGCGCUUCCUGGAGUCGUGGAGUGGAAUUCGAAGAAUCUGUGAUUUCCGCGAAAGACGUCAAUCAAUUUCCGUGUUAUAUUCUGCACCUCUCCCCGGGGGUGGUCAAAGUGGACGGCGAACGGGACCAAAGUUAGUUGGUCGUGGGGGUGGUGUAACGGGAGUGCGUGAAAUUUUAUGUUGAUUUUAUGCCGUGGGAUCGCGUUGCAUGCUGUUGACCCCCCAAAGAGCGAUCCCGGGCUGUGCCAAGCCAAGCGAAGUUCGUGGAAGCUUGGUUUGAACUAAGUGUGUGGAUUACGCGAAUUCACGAAAGGUUUACUGCAAAAUCGAUUGUGAAGAACCGCAUCCUCAAUGUGAAGAUUAUAAAAAAGAACUCAAUCUAGAAUAAAACCCCUCACUCAACACUAACAACCGGAACCGCAAUCCGGUGUUAAUUCGCGGCAAUGGUUGCGUGGUCAUCGUCGUCCCACCGGCGGCAUGUCCGAAUCCUGCUCGUAGGUGACCAGGGCGUCGGCAAGACGUCACUCAUCCUGUCGCUGGUGAGCGAAGAGUUUCCGGAGGAUGUGCCCACCAAGGCGGAGGAGAUUACCAUCCCGGCAGACGUAACGCCAGAGCAGGUGCCGACCAACAUUGUGGACUAUUCGGCUGCCGAACAGUCGGACGAGGCGCUCGCCGAGGAGGUCCAGAAGGCGCACGUUGUCUGCAUCGUGUACUCGGUCGAGUGCGACGAGUCCCUCGACCGCAUCACGUCCCACUGGUUGCCGCUGGUGCGGGAGAGUUCCGGCGAGCAGCGCAAACCGGUGGUGCUGGUGGGCAACAAAGUUGACCUGAUCGACUACUCCACCAUUGAUCACGUACUAUCGAUCAUGGAGGACUUCCCGGAGGUCGAGAGCUGCGUCGAGUGUUCGGCCAAAACGUUGCACAACAUUUCGGAGAUGUUUUACUACGCGCAGAAGGCGGUUCUUCAUCCGACGGCACCCCUGUACAUAAUGGAAGAGCAGGACCUGACGGAAGCCUGCAAGAAAGCGCUGGUGCGGAUAUUUAAAGUGUGUGACAUCGACGGGGACGGCCUGUUGAACGACUACGAGCUCAACCACUUCCAGCGGCGUUGCUUCAACGCGCCUCUCCAGCCGCAGGUGCUCGACGAGGUGAAGGCGGUCCUGAUGAAGAACACUCCCGACGGCAUCCGCAACGACUCGGUCACGCUCAAAGGCUUCCUCUUUCUGCACUGUCUCUUCAUCCAGCGGGGGAGGAACGAAACUACGUGGGCCGUCCUGCGUCGCUUCGGAUACAGCGAAAGCCUCGAAAUGAGCUCGGAAUAUCUGCACCCACCGGUGAAGAUUCCGCCGGGCAGCAGCACCGAACUGUCCCACCGGGGACAACAGUUUCUAGUUUCGCUGUUUGAACGAAGCGAUCGCGACGGUGACGGAGCGCUCUCCCCCGAGGAGUUCCGGAUCGUGUUCAACGCCUGCCCCUGCCCACCCUUCUCCACCGACAUCAAACGCACCGUGCCGACCAACGAAAGUGGCUGGCCUACGCUGCACGGCUGGAUGUGCCGGUGGACGCUCAUGACGCUGGUCGAUUUGAACAAAACGUUGGAAUAUCUCGCCUACCUCGGGUUCAACGUGCACGAAAACGAGUCCCAACUGGCGGCGAUUCACAUUACGCGCGAGCGACGGAUCGAUCUGGCCAAGAAGCAAAACAGCCGAUCGGUGUACAUGUGCCACGUGAUUGGCCCGAAGUCCGGCAAGACGGCCUUUUGUCGAGCGUUUCUGGCUGAAGAUAUGAGGAAACUAACGGACAAGGAGAUCCGCGGCACCAACCCGUUCGCCAUCAACACGGUCCAGGUGUACGGCCAGGAAAAGUACCUCGUCCUGCGGGACAUUGACGUGCGCCAGGUGCUCGACCCGCUCCAGCCCAGCGAGGUCAACUGCGACGUCGCCUGUCUCGUGUACGACAUCAACAACCCCAAGUCGUUCGAGUACAUCGCCCGGAUAUACAUCAAGUACUUUGCCGAGAGCAAGAUUCCGGUGCUGAUUGUCGGCGCCAAGGCCGACAUGGAGGAGAUGCGCCAGGAGUAUCUGCUGCAGUCGCCCGACUUUUGCCACAAGUACAAACUGCUGCCGCCGCAGUACUUUAGCAUCAAGCACAACAAGAAGGACCUGUACACGAAGCUGGCGACGAUGGCGGCAUUCCCUCGUUUCCAAGCCGCGUGGAUUCUUUUCUAUAAACAUAGAUUGGUACAGCUGUGGGAACAAACCCACCUGAAGCAGUUUGGGCUCAUGUCCAGCGAUCCGCUGCUGUGGUGGAAGGCCGGCCUCGGCAUCGCAGCGGCCACCAUCGUGGGCUUUUUCGUGGUUAAGGCGUUCCACGGGUCCAGCUCGCACGCACGAUGAAUCCGUUUUAUUGUUUUAACAGAGAGUAACCAUCAACCACAAAUCCAAAUUAAAUUAAUAUAUUUUGAGGUAAAGCCAACAAAUCAAGCGUAAAGAAAAGUUUAUUGCAGCAAAAAAAAAGCAAAGCCAGAUACAAGAAAAAAACUAACGUUCCAUCUGCUGGGCGGGUUGAAAGCGUGUUUGAUUCGUUUAAAUUUGUACAUAUUUGACGCUUACUGAAAUUCCAGGGGGUUUACGCGAAAACACGAAACAAAUUCAACCAAUUUAAAGAUUGAUCUAGCGUAGAGUUAAGCGUUCGCGUUCUUGCAUGAAUUAAAAUCACCAAACUCGCAUAUCGAGAUUCUUAGAUCCAAAAGCUGUUGCUCGCCACCGGCCACGUACUAUUAUGAGAAUCCACUGCGCUGAAGAAUGAAAUAGAAGACCAUAGACUACUUUUAACAAUUUAUCAUUCAACACAAGUACCGAGUUAGCCCUUAGUUUAACCUUUCAGUCUUAGCAAUAAACUUGCAAUACUAUCAUUAUAUUUUACCUAGCGGGAUAAAUUGACAUAGACAUGCAAAACUUACACAAAACAAAAGGAACACAAACGUUACGCGUUAGGUUGCGCUUCGUACUGCUAAAUAGUAAAGGUUGUUCAAAUGGUUAGCAAAUAGGAAUACAUUUUUUUCGUAUUGCACGCACUUCAGACAAACAACUACAAAAAAAGUGAAAUAGUCCGGGCAGAAAAAGAAACCAACCCAAAAUUGUAAUUAGUGUGUCGAUUAAGUCAACAUAAUGGAAAAUAUACAAAUUAAAACUCGAAA